CUCUGACAUCUUUGUCUUACAAGUGAGCAAUACCCGUUCAACCACCGCAACUUCACCGGAGAUCUCAACAUGGGUUUUGGCAAGAAACGCAAAUUGUCCGAAGGACACAGCAAGAAACACAAAGCGUUGAGCAUAGGUUCCAAGCGUCAAAAAACCGGUGUCGCGAAGCGUGUUACAAGUGUAGAUUCCUUACCAUGGAAGUCGGUCGAUGUUCCCGAGAUGUUUGACGAUGCCGAGGGCUUCUACGGCUUAGAAGAGGUCGAGGGAGUUGAUGUUGUGAGAGACGGCGAUACUGUGAAGUUCGUCGCUGCUGUUGCUUCCCCCUCAGAUGACAGCGAUGAGUUUCAAGGGUUCGAUGACGCCCCUCAAAUAGCUGGAUCUCAAACAGCCGAAGAAAUAUCCGGGAAAGCGCCGUCAUCCAUACCAAAAGGUGCAGAGCAACAGCCCAAGACAGGAGACGGGGCCACCAAGAUCCAGAAGGAGAAGAACUCUGCAAAGAAGCGCCAAGCCAAGGCCGACCCCGAACUCGAAGACAAUGUCUUUGCCCAAGCCAGCAAAAUCACGGAAACUGAUGUCGCGGAUGAUGACAUGGACAUGUCGGAAUGGGUGACACUUGGACUCAGCCCUCAGAUGCUGUCAAUGAUUGCUCGCCUCAAAUUCUCCAAGCCAACGGCGAUCCAAGCAAGAGCUAUCCCAGAGAUUUUGAACGGCCGCGACGUCAUCGGGAAAGCAGCCACCGGCUCUGGAAAGACACUGGCCUUCGGGAUACCCAUAGUGGAAAGCUGGCUGGCCAAAUCGACGGCUGGAAACCAGAGAAGCGAAAACAAACAGCCGAUUGCCUUGGUCUUGUCACCAACAAGGGAACUCGCGCAUCAAAUCACUGAUCAUUUCAAACAACUUUGUGCUGGGCUCACUACAGCCCCGUACAUCUGCUCAGUAACUGGUGGGCUAGCCGUCCAGAAACAGCAACGGCAGCUGGAGAGGGCGGACAUCGUCAUCGGGACGCCAGGGAGACUGUGGGAGGUGAUGAGCUCAAGCAAUUCCGUACUCGCAGCAAUGCGAGGGAUCAGCUUUCUCGUCGUAGACGAGGCCGAUAGGCUGCUCAAAGACGGCCACUUCAAAGAAGCGGAAGAGAUCCUGAAUGCCCUGGAUCGGAUUUACCCAGGAGAAGAGAACGACGACGACGACGCCGAUGAUAAUGAGAAGCCUCGCCGCCAACGACAAACACUAGUCUUCUCGGCCACCUUCAACAAGGCAUUACAACAAAAACUAGCCGGGAAGGCCCGCUACAACCUGAUGGGCGAAGCCGAGUCACUAGAAUAUCUCCUUAAAAAGCUCAAUUUCCGCGAAGCGCGCCCCAAGUUUCUCGACACCAACCCAGUGUCGCAGAUGGCCGAGAAUCUCAAAGAAGGCCUCAUCCAAUGCGGCGACCUGGAGAAAGACCUCUACCUCUACGCCGUGCUCCUCCUGCAACCGACGCGCCGGGCGCUGGUGUUUACAAAUUCCAUCAACACGGUUCGACGCCUGACACCCUUCCUUCAAAACCUCAACCUCCCUGCCUUCGCCCUGCACUCUGACAUGGAGCAAAAAGCACGCCUCCGCUCGAUCGAGCGCUUCAAGGCGGACAAUCCCGGCACCGAGUCCAGCGGCAACCGCGCCUCCUCCAUUCUAAUCGCAACCGACGUGGCCGCCCGUGGCCUUGACAUACCCAACAUUGAUCUCGUGAUUCAUUACCACGUCCCGCGCUCAGCAGACGACUACGUGCACCGGUCCGGCCGCACUGCGCGGGCGGCCAACUCGGGUGUGUCGGUACUGCUGUGCGGGCCCAAGGAAGCGGUGCCGACACAGCGACUCAUUGCUAAGGUCCACGCGGCCGCCGCUUCCAAAUCCUCCAACCCAACCACCCACGGCCUCGUCGAGACAAUCGACAUUGACCGGCGCCUCGUCUCACACCUCCGGCCGCGGGUGGACCUGGCCAAGAAGAUCGCCGAGACGGCGCUGGCCAAGGAAAAGGGGGCCAAGGAGGACGGGUGGCUGAAGCAGGCGGCCGAGGAACUCGGGGUGGACCUUGACGACGACGCCGACGGCCUGGCGAAGGCGGGCUCCUGGCGGGGCCGCGGCAGCGGCCGCAAGCAGAAGGAGCGCGCCGCCAGGGAGGUCCCCGCCGCCGAGGUGAAACGCUGGCGCGCCGAGCUCCGCCAGCUGCUCAGCCGCAGGGUCAAUACGGGAGUCAGCGAGAAGUAUCUCGCCGGGGUGGAUGUGGAUGCCCUCCUCCGCGGGGUGAAGGGGGAGUUUUUGGGCAAAGUCGACGGCUUGGGGCUCCAGUAA